AAAGGUUCAACGUUAAUUGAAAGAAACGGACCUAUGGGAAAGGUAAAUGGAUUGUGCGUCUCAUUGUGUUUAGCUAGCGAGUGAGCGAGUGAGUGAGUGUGUGUGUGUGUGUGUGUGUGAGUAUCUCCCUUUUCACUUGGUUUAAAAAAAAAAAUCUGAUUUGUUUAUUUUUUUUUAAAUGUAACGUUACAUGGAAGAAAAACAGUCUGUCCGGUCCUUUUGUCUAGGUGAGACUAUAAACUUUUGUUGUCGGUUCAAAGUUCAAGUGUGUUUGCUUCAUUCCCCCGGAUGCUGAUUGAGAUUCUCGGAACUCUCAAAAUAUUAUGGAUAACCAGUAAAGUCGGACGUUGAGCCUGUAACCGGUAGCAACAGCCGUUAUUGAAUGGACAAUAUCAAGCCGGUUCAUCACGAGUCAUGUUAGUCAGACUGACACUCGCACUCAACUCUCGCUCUCAGUUAGGAAAUAUUUUGUUUGCAAUUCCCAGAAAUCACCCGUCUGCGCACAACUGAGCAGGAAUUCUCGGAUUUGACGUGGAGCAUCUGAUUCAUCAGUGUUUUAACCGCGUAAUUGUGAUGCCGAGGAACUCCUACAAAGAUGUGUCUGAGGUGGAUGAGUCCACUGAGGUGGAUGAGUCUUCGGACAAUCCCAGCCAGGAAGAGGAGAUUCUGUAUGCUACCUCCCCUCCCCGUACUCCUCGGCUGAUCAAACGCAUGUCCAACAAACACCAGAGAAGUGGCCAGGGGUUUAAGGGCAAAGAGAAGCCGUGUUCCUCCAUCCCGUUGUCUCAAAGAGAACGCGAAGGAGCCCGAUCGGUUGAACCUCCUGAAGAGCACUGCUACAAGCAGGAGAAGAAGCAGCGCUUCAACCAGCGCUCCAACGAGCGAGAUAGCAAGAAGACCUUUGAGGGCUCCUUCAUGCUUGAAUCAGUCUCUAAAUCCAGUGCCAUCGGCUCUCGAAACAUGGACCCCCGCAAGCCCUACCUGAGCCUGGGCAUGCUCCCUGUGCGCACCCAUCGGCAGACCUCUCGCACCGACUGUCCGGCGGACCGCCUCAAGUUCUUUGAGACCCUGCGGCUCCUGCUCAAGCUAACUUCCAUGUCGUCCAAGAAGAAAGAGAAGGAGCAGCGAGGCCUGGAGAAUAUGGCCUUCAUGGGCCAGAACAAUGAGGUCAUCUGGCUGGAGUUGCAAGCCUGGCAUGCCCGCCGUAGCAUCACUGAGCAGGACCUGUACCUGUACACCGCCCGCCAAGCCAUACCUGACAUCAUCAACGAGGUACUGCACUUCAAAGUGGACUAUAGCAGCCUAUCUGGGCAUGAAAGCAACCUCACAACAGAACAGAGUGACUUUUAUCCUGGAGAAACCAAUUGCAGGAAUGAUCCAUUUAGUUUCAGCACCUCCAUGUCUUGGGGCGAGGUUGACGCUGCUGCUCCUUUUUCUUCAACAUUGGAGUGCCGAGAGCACCUGCAAAGGCAACGAAUUGCCUUUGAUCAGGUAAAGCGAGUCAUGUCACUGUUGGAGUCAGUGGAAGCUCUGUACCCAUCUUUGCAAACCCUGCAGAAAGACUAUGAGAAGUACGCAGCUCGGGACUUCCAAGGCAGGGUGCAGGCGCUCUGCUUGUGGCUCAAUAUCACUCAGGACCUUAACCAGAAAUUGCGAGUGAUGGGCACCGUGCUGGGCCUCAGGGACCUUUCCCGCAUCGGCUGGCCUGUCUUUGAGAUCCCCUCACCUAGAUGCUCACGUGGCGACGAGGAGGUAGACGAGGAUGAAACAGAGUCCACUGCUACCUUCACGGCCGAAAAUGAUGGAGAGGAAAGGACCCUGAGUGAGGCAGAUAGCAACGGAGAGCAGUCGCCCUGCCUCACGCCAAUGUGCUCACGCCUCAUGUCGGAAGAGGAGUUCCUCCCACGGGACAGCGAGACCCAGUGUUGUCCCACUGCCAUCUACAGGCCAUUUGUGGAUAAGGCACUUAAACAAAUGGGACUGCGUAAACUGAUUCUUAGACUGCACAAGCUGAUGGAUCGUUCACUGCAGAGGUCCAGAACUGCACUGUUGAGUCGCAUGCCGGCUCUAGAGUUGUCGGCGGUCCCAGGUUCUUUGCACUGUGAUUACCUUCCCGAGCUAUCUCGUCACCUGGGUGGUCAGGAAGAGGCAGGGUCAGGACGGGUAUCGUGGGAGGAGCUUAUGGACAUGGACCUGCCCUCAUUCCGGCCGGCCUUCUUGGUGCUUUGCCGUGUGCUGCUAAAUGUCAUUCACGAGUGCCUCAAACUGCGACUUGAGCAAAGGCCUGCAGGGGAACCGUCCCUGCUCAGCAUCAAACAGUUGGUGCGUGAGUGUAAAGAGGUUCUUAAAGGAGGGCUCCUGAUGAAACAGUACUACCUGUUCAUGCUGCGUGGUGUUGUCACUGACCCCCAGGGUCUACAGACUAAUGCCAACAUCGAUGAGUUUGAGGAGGAUCUUCACAAAAUGCUAGAGGUGUACUUUGACUACAUGCGCAGCUGGAUCCAGAUGUUGCAGCAGCUGCCUCAAGCCUCCCACAGCCUGAAGAACCUGCUGGAGGAGGAGUGGAACUUCACUAAAGUCAUCACCCCAUACAUCCGGGGCGGAGAGGCCCAGUCCGGCAAGCUCUUUUGUGAUAUUGCUGGAAUGCUGUUAAAAUCCACUGGAGACUUCCUGGAUGCAGGCCUUCAGAAGAGUGGCAAUGAGUUCUGGGAGUGUGCGGAUGACAGCACUGCCUCAGAUGAAAUCAGACGUUCGGUGAUUGAGACAAGUCGCUCGCUCAAAGAGCUCUUCCACGAGGCAAGGGAGAGAGCGUCUAAAGCGCUGGGCUUUGCCAAGAUGCUGCGCAAAGAUCUUGAGAUUGCAGCAGAAUUCAGCUUAACCAGUGGAGUAACCGCUCUCCUGCAGGCACUGAAGACCAAGAAUUAUGUGAAGGUUCAAAUCCCAGGACUGGAGGAGCUGCAGGUGUUUGUCCCUUGUGGUCUGAGGGAGCAGCGGCUGGUCAUCUUACAGCUGCUAAACGCGGCUGCAGGAAAGGACUGCUCAAAAGAGCCGGACGAGAACCCAGAGGACGAGGCCUACCUGCUCAUGAGCAAGCACAGAUUCGGGGACUCGACCGCUGAUGGCACCUGGGCCGAGUGGGAUGGCAAUGUGCUUAAACUGGUGCCUCAAGUGGAGACGGUGGACACGUUACGUGUCAUGAAGGUGGACAAUCUCCUGCUGAUUGUGAUGCAGUCAGCGCACCUGGUGUCACAACGCAAGGCCUUCCAGCAGUCGAUGGAAGAUCUUCUCACACUCAGCCGAGAACAGACAUCCAGCCAGCCACUCAUUGUCUGCGCACUGGAAAAACUCAAGAAUGAGGCUCUUCAGCUGUGCAUCAAGAUCAACACUGCAAUCGACCGUGUGGAAUACAUGUUCACAUCAGAGUUUGAGGCCGAAGUGGAAGAGACGGAGAAAGCCACACUGCAGCAGUAUUACAGAGAGGCCAUGAUCCAGGGAUACAACUUUGCCUUUGAGUACCAUAAAGAGGUUGUGCGUCUGAUGUCUGGAGAGUUCAGGCGGCAGAUCGGGGAACGCUACAUCGCUUUUGCUCGCAAGUGGAUGAACUUUGUCCUCACAAAGUGUGAAAGUGGGAGAGGCACUCGUCCACGAUGGGCAACACAGGGCUUUGAUUUUCUUCAAGCGAUUGAGCCAGCUUUUAUAUCGGCCUUGCCAGAAGAUGACUUUCUGAGUCUGCAGGCUCUGAUGAAUGAGUGCAUCGGACAUGUUAUAGGGAAACCGCACAGUCCAGUCAGCAGUAUGUACUUUGCAGGCCCACGGAACAGCCCUCGACCUGUCAAAGUGCCCCGUUGCCACAGCGACCCUCCGAACCCGUAUCUCUUCAUCCCUUCAGCUCAUGCUGAGGGUUUUAGCUCUCGGAGUCUCCCAUGUGAUCUGCGUACCCAGUUGUGUCCCCUUGGUCCCCGCCCCACCCAUCCGUUACCCCCAGGGGAACACAGCCAUACCACCAAAUCUUCCGGCAGCACCCCCAAUGACAUCAGGGGAUCCAGUGUACAUGAGAACGACCGUCUGUCCUCUGUGGCGGCAGAGUUUAAAUCCCUCAGCCGUCACUCCAGUCCAACAGAGGACAGAGAAGAACCCUCGUAUCCUAAAGGAGACCCGAGCAGUACUGCCCGUCGCAGCUGGGAGCUCCGCAACUUCAUCAGCCAGUCAAAAGACACAGCGGCCCGUCAGAGCCCUAUGGAGACAGUACGGAGCUCCAUAUUUGCCUUCGACGACAAGCACUACACCCUCAUGAGACAGCGCAACAUCAUCGGCCAGGUGUGCAACACCCCCAAGUCCUACGACAACGUCAUGCACGUAGGCCUGCGCAAGGUCACCUUUAAAUGGCAGAGAGGCAACAAGAUUGGUGAAGGGCAGUACGGGAAGGUUUACACAUGCAUCAAUGUGGACACUGGUGAACUGAUGGCCAUGAAGGAGAUCCGGUUUCAGCCCAAUGACCACAAAACCAUAAAGGAAACGGCAGAUGAGCUGAAGAUCUUUGAAGGAAUCAAACAUCCCAAUCUCGUCCGCUACUUUGGUGUUGAGUUACACAGGGAAGAGAUGUAUAUCUUUAUGGAGUACUGUGAUGAGGGGACGCUGGAGGAGGUGUCUAGACUGGGUCUGCAGGAACACGUCAUCCGCCUCUACAGCAAGCAGAUCACAACGGCAAUCAACGUGCUCCAUGAACAUGGCAUUGUACACAGAGACAUUAAAGGAGCCAAUAUCUUCCUCACAUCAUCGGGCCUGAUAAAGCUAGGGGACUUUGGUUGCUCAGUGAAGCUGAAAAACAAUGCUCAGACGAUGCCUGGAGAAGUAAACAGCACACUGGGAACUGCAGCAUACAUGGCACCUGAGGUCAUCACAAGAGCAAAGGGUGUAGGUCAUGGCCGUGCUGCUGAUAUCUGGAGCCUUGGUUGUGUUCUAAUAGAGAUGGUCACUGGGAAGAGACCGUGGCAUGAAUAUGAGCAUAACUUCCAGAUCAUGUAUAAAGUGGGGAUGGGCCACAAGCCCCCCAUUCCUGAAAAGCUAAGCACAGAGGGGAAGGACUUCCUGACACACUGCCUGGAGAAUGAACCCAAGCGCCGCUGGACUGCCAGCGCCCUGCUUGACCACCCGUUUGUCAAGGUCUGCACAGAUGAAGAGUGAUCAGGAGUCGUCACGUUUACCAAAAUUCUAGCACUACUUCACAUGGCAUGAAAAGAACUCUGGACUCUCUAAUGAAAAGACUGCCGAAAGUAGAAAAGUCUUACAUGUACAGUCUCAUGAGCAGAUGGAUUGAAAAGCUUGUUUGGAGAAGAGGGUUUUAUUGUACAUACUGUAAGAAUAUGGUUCGGGAUUUCUUUGUACAAAGCAUAUUGUAAAGCUGAAGUUUAAUAACCACUUAUUGCUGGUAAAUGAAUUUUGUUGAUUGAGUCACAGGGAAUACAAGAUAAAGGAGACAAAGUACAUUAGUUCGAGACUUUCGUAGAAAUAUGUUCACCUCUGACAGCACAAAGCAUCAGAGAAGGGAAGAUGGAGGGAGAGUUUGGCAAUACGUGGACUGACUGUAUGCACAAUAUCUUUUCACUGAAGAAAGUAUACAGACCUUGGACUGAUGGUCACAGAGGAGGUUUCAAAUUUUUCUUUUUGUUAAAGGUAUUUUUGUGUUUAUUUUGCCUUACUGCAGAGCCCACUGUUAACAAGUCAUAUUUAAGCCUAUAAGUAGUUGUGCUGCGUCAGCCCAGCCUCCUGCUGGCCAAUGGCGUGCCUUUAUGAUCUGGGUGUAAGAGCAUAACCAACCAAUGAGAGAGAAGAGGCCAGUCUGACUCCGCCUUCUGCUGCUACACUCGGACAGGUGGACAAAUAGAAAAUGAGCUAAUACACAGGCAUCAAUGUUGCUGGUUCUCUGCUCCUCCAACAGUGUUUGCAAUAUUUAAAGAAUAUUA